AUGGACGUCGCGGCAAAGGACAUGGUUUCCGACUUCUGGUGUUUGGUGAAGCCAAUGAUCAUUUGUCCUAGUGAAAGUACGUACAGAGAUGCUUUGUGGAUUGGUCUCACCCAUUCUAACAAGGAUGAAUGGCUGUGGCCAGGCAGUACGGACACAAUCACCUACAGCAACUGGGGAUGUGGGCAGCCGAGUACCAACGGCAAUGAGAACAAGUGCACAACCAUUGGCUAUGGUGCAAACAAUGACAACUCCGGACUAUGGAGUGCUGAAUCUUGUACUGAAAAGCUAGCAAACUACAUCUGUCAGAUGCAUGUUCCACUACCCACGCCUUGUAGUUAUGGUUGGGAAUACAAUGCACCGUCAGAUGCCUGUUACAAGACCCUAGGCGGCCACGGUAGCUAUCAUAAUUCGGAACGCAAGUGCAACGCAAUACACCCCGGUGCACAUUUACCCAUGAUCUUAAGUGACCAGGAAAAUGAAUUUAUCGCCACCAUGAUAAGGAGGAAUCACCCCAACUUAGACAGCGGGCACCGUGAUAUGGCAUGGAUUGCCCUAGUUAGAACAAACGGAGUGUACAAAUGGAGAACUGGCCAGCCCUAUUAUUUCAGUAACUUUAAUUGUAAGAGGCUGGACACGUUUUUCACCAGAGAACACUACUCGCCCUGUGUGGUGAUAAAGCCAAGUGGCUUGUGGUUUACAUACACAUGUGAUUAUAGACCCAAACUUCUUCUCUGCAAAUACAAUGUUUCGGAUGCAGAAAAGACAAACUUUUACCAGCUUAACGAAGGUCAUUGCAGUGCAGGUAGUUAUGAAUUCCGUGGACGGUGCUGGCUGUUCCAACACACGGAUGCGAAGGACUUCAACGGCGCUCGGGCUGACUGCAAGACAAGAGGCGGUGAUCUGGCUGUGGUUCGUGACUCCUACGAUUCCAGCUUCAUUAUGCGCCAUGUGUCACGAGUUCCCAAUUAA